AUACUACAAUAGAGCAUCACUGCCUCUCCAAACACAACUGAGAAUCCAUCAACAUCACCAUUAGAUCUCUAUUCAGACACCUUUAGGCAGAACUUCUAUACUUUUCCAAUAGGAGAGUGCAUUGAGAGAGCAUGGAACAUUCCAUUUGUAUCCCAACAUCUCAAAGAGCACGAGUGGCUUCCAAAUCCAAAUGGAGCAUCUCGCACAUAUGUGCCAUUGGUACUAUGAUGCUCUCCGUGGCUUUGCUUACAUUCUGCCUUUUUCACAAGGCUAAUCAUCCAACUGGGUGUAGCUCCAAAGCAAAAUUGGAAUCAAUAACUUGGAAAUGGGAACCCAAGAUGUGCAGCCAAGACUGGCUCAAGACAAACAACUCGACAGUGGAGAUAAUCAGAACAGGCUUUUACAUGAUCCACAUCCAAGUAUGCUACUCUGGGUAUUCACGAUAUCACCAGGCGAAAAGGUCUCAGAUUGAGCUGCAAGUGCUAUGUGAUGGUUCUUCACAGAAAAAUAUCAAAAAGAAAGAAAUCUACUUUUCCAAUGACACAUCUCAUGAUGAAAAAAAAACUGUCACCUUAGAUGUAUCUGCUCUGCUAAUGAAAGGAAACAAAAUCCAUCUUAAUAUACAAGAAAAAACAAAGGCCAUUAUAAUAGACGAAAGUUUAACUUUCUGGGAAAUUAAUGCAAUUGUUGGUCUUGAGUUCUGGCCUUCUGGACAUUGUACAGCUCAAAAAUAAGCAGAAGCCGUGCAAAAAUAUAUUUAAUGUAAAAUGAACCUUCAGGGAUAUUGUGCUCAGCAAGAAAUAUAACAUGCUUAAUGUUGGUUUGAGGUUUUUAAUAUUUAAAUAUAUUAAGUAAAAUAUAUUAAGUUAAUGACAGAGAUUAUAACUUAAUGUUAUAAUUGAAGAUGCCCCUAGGAGAUUCCAUCUUCUUGCCUAAGCUUAGGGACCAACUCACAAUAUACUGUAUAUAUAUAAUAUAUAUUAUAUGAGUUAGGCUUAUUGGUUAUUAAUUCAGAUUUACAUUACAUGGCAGCUCAGAAACCAGCACAUUUAAUAAUUGGCACUCUCAUUUUCUACUUGAUGAUUUCUGAAGCCACCUUACAGAUGCCCAGAGCAUAAUUAGCAUGUGCAGUGUCAGUGACACUCCAAAAGAUGGCCUAAUAGGACCCAAGAUGGCAAGCCUGAAUCAUUGCUACUAUUAUAGUAUCUGCUGGUACAGUGAGUUCAGUAUAUAUAAUACACAUACAAUUUCAACUUUUAGCAUAGUAACUUUUUGACAUUGGUUCUACUUUUCUACUUUUUUAUUUGUAAGGAUAAGCAUAAUAACAAUUUGAUUCUGCUUUUGUUUGGGUUCAUCUUUUUAAAAUGAGUUUCUUAUAAAAAAAAACAUUUGUAACUUUCUGUGAAAAUACUGUGAAACUAAUAUUGAUUUCCUUAAUUUGAAUGCUUUGGGGACAGAAAGCACUGCAUUGUACUGUAUAGAAAGUAAAAUCUUGAAUAAAUACAAUAUAAUGCA